UCCGCCGCGCCUCCCGCCUUUCUGUCCUCCGGCCCUCCGCGCGCACCGCAACCGUUCCACCUGCGCGCCUUCGCGCUCGCCGCCCACCCCCUGUCCGGUUCUGCGCCGGCGCGGGGCCCGCUAGGACGCGCGGGGGAUCUGUGAGGCGCAUGCGUAGUGCGCGGCCCGCCGCUCCGCUGUUGCUCGGGCACCGCCGUUGCCGCCUCCCUACCGGCAAGUGCGAGAAGUGGGAGCCGAGGGUCGCCGCCGCCGCCGCCACCAUGGGGAGAAAGUCGAGUAAGGCCAAAGAGAAGAAGCAGAAGCGACUGGAGGAGAGAGCGGCCAUGGAUGCUGUCUGUGCCAAAGUGGAUGCUGCCAACAGGCUUGGAGACCCUCUGGAGGCAUUCCCAGUCUUCAAGAAGUAUGACCGAAAUGGGUUGAAUGUCUCCAUUGAAUGUAAGCGAGUGUCUGGAUUGGAGCCAGCCACUGUGGAUUGGGCCUUCGACCUGACUAAAACCAAUAUGCAGGCAAUGUAUGAGCAAAGUGAGUGGGGCUGGAAGGACCGAGAAAAACGGGAGGAAAUGACUGAUGAUCGAGCCUGGUACCUCAUUGCUUGGGAAAACAGUUCCAUCCCAGUUGCCUUUUCUCACUUCCGGUUUGAUGUGGAGUGCGGGGAUGAAGUCCUUUACUGCUAUGAAGUACAGUUGGAAAGCAAGGUACGGCGGAAAGGCCUAGGGAAGUUCCUCAUUCAGAUCCUGCAGCUCAUGGCUAACAGCACACAGAUGAAGAAGGUGAUGUUAACUGUAUUUAAACACAAUCAUGGCGCCUAUCAGUUCUUCCGAGAAGCACUGCAGUUUGAAAUCGAUGACUCUUCUCCCAGCAUGUCCGGUUGCUGUGGGGAGGACUGCUCCUAUGAGAUACUGAGCCGGAGGACCAAGUUUGGGGACAGUCAGCACUCCCACACAGGCGGGCACUGUGGUGGCUGUUGCCACUGAACUCCUAGAACCACUUGCAAGGGAAGUCAUUCUCCUUAGGCCUUUCCUCUUCCCUGGUCUUAUGCCACUUGCAAGGUACCCCUGGAGCUGUGGGUACCUUAGCUCUGUAUGAGCCAGGUGUACCCUGAGAACACAGAACUUUGAGAAGCAGUGACUCCAGCUGCCUUUCCACCUCCCUCCUGGAAAAGCAGAGUGCCAGGAAGGGACACAGAAUAGAGGGUGCUGUGAGAAGGAUGACAGGAUGUCCAGAGCCCAUCCUUGCACAGUGGCUGCCUCUUUGAUUAGUUCUUGGGCCCCUAGAAUGGAAGGCUCCCCACUUGUCUGCAGCUGGAUUCCUGACAGAGCCCCACACCAUGCCCCAUAUGGACAGAUGGAAUGUUUAUACCCACCUUUGUGAAAGACCUGGAGUCUGCUGGCCCCCAGAAAGAACGGCACAGAACAGCCCUUGGACCGUGUGCUCUCCCAGAGACCAUAUAGAUAGCCCUUGAUGCCAGGAUGCAAGGGUUUAUCCGUGUUUGUAUAGAUCCACAGGGUGGCAGCUCAGGGGACCAGCCAACUUCACGAGGGAGACUCCCUCUACACUGUCAGGAAGGCAGAGGAGAUCAGGAAGAGCCGUCUCUUAUGUGCUUGCCAUAGGGAUGUGGCAUCUCUGGGCCUUUGGACUUUGCUGCAUUUUCAUUACUCAGCCUUUUUACUCAAGAAGGAAGUCACAGUUCUGCCUGUUCUUACACCUCUCACCUCAGCCCAAAUACCUCUGUUCUUAGUCUCAAGGGUAGUAACAUCAGGGAGCCCCUUGUCUUCCCCCAGUGUAUAGGUGAUGCUGUUUCUCCUGUUCUUGGUGCUGAUAGCUCUGAAGAUGGGGUACUCCCUACACUCUCUGAGGAGCCCCAGCCAGCAGCAGGCCCCUUUGCCUGUCCUCCCUAGCCCCAUCCCUCACUGCCUCAAUGAGACACUCCUGCCACUUUCCUGGCACCACAGGGAUGCAUCAGGAAUGCCUUUCAGUGGCCUACUGCUGCUUUUCUGUCACUGUCAUCACCCUACAGUGGCAGGCUAGAGCCAGGAGAAGGCCUUCCUCUUCAGAAAGGAUCCAGGCUUUGGACUUGAACUGGUCCUGACCUCUAGGCUGUGUUCUUCCAAGGACGCAAAACCAAAUCCUCACUUAGGAAACCACACUUGCCACUUCCUUUUUGGCAUCCCUGAGUUCUGCCUUGGGAAGCAUAGCAAAGAGCUUGCCUUUAUGCAGUUGCUCUCUGAGCCCCUCUGCUCCUGACCUCAGUCUCCUCACCGCACCCCCUGCCUGACUCAGGCUGGCUGUCCUGGCAAGUGUCCCCAGAGCAGUCACCUGUCACGCACCUCCUCAGCUUGUGCAGUAGCCUGGGCAUGGAGGGCCCUUUCUUGCCUAGUCUGACCCCUGUUGAGCACCCUGUGCUGUUGUUAGCCCUGUUAGCCUUGCCUUGGAGAAGGCCUUUGCAGCUUUACACUGGAAUAGGUCUGCGUUUAUCUGGCUUGCUAGCUUCUGGGGCCUGUAUCCCUGGUGAGAGUUGAAGCUGCCCAGAGGGGAUUGGUAGGUUCCUUCCAAGAAUCAUGAAACAAGAACAUGCUUGGAAGAGUCACUCCCUGAUCCUCAUCUGUCUUAGAUCAUGAAUUUCUGAUACCUCCCACUUAGGGGUCCAAAAGGAAACCCCACUGCAAACCUUACAUGAGGUGAAUUGAGUGUCUUCUCUCCAGUCUCUGGACACCUGGCACCAGGACUCUGAUGGUGCUCAGUGCCUGCCCUGCUCCUCACCCUCUGCAGGCCACAUCCCAAAGGGUCCUUCAGGAUCGCUCACUGGACCAGAGGGGUGGUGGCCAAGACCAGCUCCCAUGGGUGUUGAGCCCAAUGGCUUAUCAGGCAUACAUUUUCCUCUGCCACCCUCUUGAUUUUGAGAAACAGCAGGUCUAGCCUUCUGUACCAGACUCUUGGGUUUUGUUUUGGGUGUGUUAAAAUGGUUUUAAAGGGUUUUGUUUUGUUUUAGUGAACCUUUCUCAUUUUGGGUUAUUUGUUGCUGUUAAAUGUGUAUGGUUCUUACCCUUUCUGGAGGUUUGUUUUUUUGGGGGGGUGUCUGGGGGGCAUUUGUUUUGUUUUUGUUUGUUUGUUUUUUAAGAGGAAAGUUGGAAGAUAAAUUUCCUGUUUUAUAUAUUUUUUCUAGCAGCUUGUUACCACUGGAAUCGAGAGAGAAAAGCAUCUCUCUUUGUCUCAGUUUUAUUUGUAUGUCAUUAAUAAAAGACACUUUGUUCA